GCUGCGCGCCCGUGCGCCCUGCUGGGUUGGGGACAGCCGCUGGUUGCCGGCGAACCGAGCUGACGGAUUACAGCGGAAAAGCAAAGAUGUCACAGUGGAUCUUUUGCCUCCAAGACCCGUUAAGGUGAGAACAAGAUCUUCAGCUGGUUGGAACGAGCCUCAGAUUGUAAGGCAGCUGUGGACAUGGCGUAUGAACUACUCAAUGGGAGCCAGCCAUGGCCUCCCUCUCCAUUCGACCUCAAUGGCUCCGUGGCGGCAGCCAACAUUUCAAAUCAGACAGAGCCAUACUAUGACCUGACCAGCAAUGCAGUCCUCACAUUCAUCUACUUUGUGGUCUGUAUCAUUGGGCUGUGUGGCAACACGUUGGUCAUUUAUGUCAUCCUCCGCUACGCCAAGAUGAAGACCAUCACCAACAUUUACAUCCUCAACCUGGCCAUCGCGGAUGAGCUCUUCAUGCUGGGGCUGCCCUUCCUGGCCAUGCAGGUGGCCCUGGUCCACUGGCCCUUUGGCAAGGCCAUUUGCCGGGUGGUCAUGACUGUGGAUGGCAUCAAUCAGUUCACCAGCAUUUUCUGCUUGACCGUCAUGAGCAUUGACCGAUACCUGGCUGUGGUCCACCCCAUCAAGUCGGCCAAAUGGAGGAGACCCCGGACGGCCAAGAUGAUCAGCGUGGCUGUGUGGGGAGUCUCUCUGCUGGUCAUCCUGCCUAUCAUGAUAUAUGCUGGGCUUCGGAGCAACCAGUGGGGGAGAAGCAGCUGCACCAUCAACUGGCCAGGUGAAUCUGGGGCAUGGUACACAGGCUUCAUCAUCUACACCUUCAUCUUGGGGUUCCUGGUGCCCCUCACCAUCAUCUGUCUUUGUUACCUGUUCAUUAUCAUCAAGGUGAAGUCCUCUGGAAUCCGUGUGGGUUCCUCCAAGAGAAAAAAGUCUGAGAAGAAGGUCACCCGGAUGGUGUCCAUCGUGGUGGCUGUCUUCAUUUUCUGCUGGCUCCCCUUCUACAUCUUCAAUGUCUCUUCUGUCUCUGUGGCCAUCAGUCCCACCCCAGUCCUUAAAGGCAUGUUUGACUUUGUGGUGGUCCUCACCUAUGCUAACAGCUGUGCAAACCCCAUCCUGUAUGCCUUCUUGUCUGACAACUUCAAGAAGAGCUUCCAGAAUGUCCUCUGCUUGGUCAAGGUGAGCGGCACAGAUGAUGGGGAACGGAGUGACAGUAAGCAGGACAAAUCCCGGCUGAAUGAGACCACGGAGACCCAGAGGACCCUCCUCAAUGGAGACCUCCAGACCAGUAUCUGAACUGCCCGAAAAAAGUCAAUCAAUAAAACGCCAAGCUCUGCUGACUGGCAGUGUGCUUCCCACCGCGCCCCGUCCCUUCCUCCCACCCAUCACACCUGGCUUCUAAAAUAGGGAAUUGCUCAGCAUGAGCCCAAUUCAGAGAACAGUGUUUGACUCAGGCUUGUCUGAGUGAAUGAUAAUGCAUUAAAUUGAUUACCUCCCCCCUUAAAGUGAACAUUUCAAUGCAGGCAGACAAUUCAGCGUCUGGAGAAGAGAUCAUGCCUGGGUGUGAUCUUUAGAAA